AUAACGCUGUUCCCACUAUCUUCCCUGAUCUCCCGAAGUACUGUAACUUGAAGGUUCCAAAGAAGAGAAAAGAGAGAAAUCUGACAAAUAGUAAUCCACCAUCCGAAACAAAACGACGACGUAAAGACGCCGUCAGAGUUCAACCCAGCAAUUGGAGAUGACCUGGACGAACUGGCUGAAACUGCACCUCGACGCAUUGCUGUUAGCUCUGUAGCUCCACCUCCCAUGUGGACAAAGCACGAUUUUGGGGAAAGCACUGCUUUUUCCGAUACAUCCCUUGCAAGCACAAGAAACGAGCUCGUUACAAUGAAAUUGCUGCUGGUUGAUCAUCCAGACAUGCAAGAUGGGAGUGUUGCGUAUGAACUGUACUUCAAGGGCAGCUUAUUCAGAAAGGACAGGCUGCACAGCACGGACGAGCUGGUAGAAACACUGCAGCAUGCCGCUUCCUUGGACCUGUGCAGUGGAUGUGGAAAAACAGAAGAUUUUAUGCCCCUGUUGAUCGAACAUAUUCCCUCAGUGCGAGUCCGAAAUGGAGACGUGAUUAGCAGGAAGUGCACAUUGGUGACAAACAUCAAAGGGACCGCUUGCUUGCAGUGCAAAUACACAAGGAAGCUGCUACUAACGAGGAAAUGUAAAUCUCAAAAGCAACACAGCAAAAAGAUACCGUCGACGCUCAGGGCCCUGAAGAAGCAGGUGAAGCGACGGGACACAAAAAUCCAUUCCCUCCAGAGCAAAGUACGAGAAAUGCAUCAAAGGACAGCACAGAUUGAGACUGAAGUGCUUGAGGAGAAGAUUAAGUCCCUCAAGUCCCAAAAACAGCAGCUGCGGUCAGGGCUUGCUUUGAGGCUGCAAAGCGCACUUCAACCAGAGGCAUGCACUACGAACAAGAAUGGGUGUUGGAGUGCAUCAUCUUACGUAUGA